GUGCGACUUUGAGCUGGUUGCUGCCUCACUAAUAUUUGCUAACAACUAGCAGGAUGAAAUGAGGCACUGUUAGUCUUGCUAGUCUGUCACGAAACUAAAGCACGUUUGUCUUUUGUAUGUGUGUUUUUGUGUGAUCUUCCACAUCUCAGCGAUCGUCCAAGCGACUACACCAAGAUGCAGUUCAUGUUGCUGUUCAGCCGCCAGGGAAAGCUACGCCUUCAGAAGUGGUACUUGCCUCUCUCCGACAAGGAGAGGAAGAAGAUCUCCAGAGAUCUGGUUCAGACCAUCCUGGCCAGGAAGCCCAAAAUGUGCAGCUUCUUGGAGUGGAGGGACCUGAAGAUUGUUUACAAGAGAUAUGCCAGUCUAUAUUUCUGCUGUGCGGUGGAGGAUCAGGACAAUGAGUUGAUCACCCUGGAGAUCAUCCAUAGAUAUGUGGAGUUGUUGGACAAGUAUUUUGGCAGUGUGUGUGAGCUGGAUAUCAUCUUCAACUUUGAGAAGGCCUACUUCAUCCUUGAUGAAUUCCUGUUGGGCGGAGAAGCCCAGGAAACCUCCAAGAAGAAUGUGCUGAAAGCCAUCGAGCAAGCAGACCUGCUGCAGGAGGAGGCAGAGGCCCCACGGAGUGUUUUGGAAGAAAUUGGGCUGACAUAAACUUGACGUUGCCUGAGCAAGCAUUGGCACAACUUUGUUCUCUCCUGUUUACCGUGUCAGUGUUGUACUCGUAUGUACGUAUGUAAUCAACAUGUCUGUGCUGUAUUUCUCCAAACUGUGCUCCCCUCUGAUGUCCCGUAACUGUGGUGCCAAGUGUGGUUCAACGAUGUCUCAUCUGUAGCAGCUCCCGUAGUCAUGUCAUUUAUUGUGCAACAUCUCCGAGACCAAUGUAGCAGCAAGAACAUAGCCACAGUAUCAAUUUGUGUUGAUUCAGUCAAUUGUCCCAUCAUGUUGUUCUUCUGCUGCAUCUGAAAAAAUAGUUCCUGUAAUAAUUCAGCUUGGAGUACUCAAUUGUUGGCGGUUCAUUAUUGACAAGUGUUGUGGAAGGUUGAAAACAUGCACAUUUGAAUAACACUUUUUUUUCCGAACUUGAGCUAUUUUUCAGAAAAGCAGAAGUGCAGCUAUCAAUCGCAUGUAAUGAUCAUGAUACAAACCUGCCCAUAAACCAAACCAGUUCAAAAGCAUCCACCUAAAUGCAAUUCAGUUCAAAAUGUGUUGUUUCAGUGUAGUGUUACAUUUGUAAAUCUCAACCCAUUUUUAUUUUGUAGAGAGAGAAAUGACAGUCGGUACGUACCUAAGUCAAAAAAGUGACCCAAAUAGAAAUACCUUAUUUUCUUGACGUGAUGCUUUGGUUUACAUUUAAACACUAAAAUAUAUGACCAAAGAACUGUGUUUUACCAUCUUAAUGGUGUCUGUGGAAGUCUAAUGUGACACAAAAAGGGUAUUCAUUUCAAUCCAAUGAAAGGCACGCUCAGUUGUUCACACGCAGCAGCAAAAGCAAUUGGGAACAUCAUGUUCCUGAAGUGAAAAAAGAAAAAGUGCAACCACAUGGUGUUUAUUGGAAAAAUUCAUCUUGCC